GCACUGCCGGCCGGGCCCUUUCGCCCGCCCGCCGCCAUCUUGCGAGGACCACCGGGGUUAUUGUCCGGCGCUCGGGCGCGGCGGGGCCGGCGGCGCUCGCGUUGCCCACGCGCUGACGGGGUCUCGGGGCCGGCUCGGCGCGAAGAGCCGGGGCGGGCUGGGGCGGCGGCGCCACCACCACAACCAUGGAGGAUGAAAUGCCCAAGACCCUAUACGUGGGGAACCUAUCCAGAGAUGUGACGGAGCCUCUGAUCCUCCAGCUGUUCAGCCAGAUUGGACCAUGCAAAAACUGCAAAAUGAUAAUGGAUACAGCUGGAAAUGAUCCCUAUUGUUUUGUGGAGUUCUAUGAGCAUCGCCAUGCGGCUUCGGCACUGGCUGCCAUGAAUGGCCGGAAGAUAAUGGGUAAGGAGGUCAAAGUGAACUGGGCAACGACCCCCAGCAGCCAGAAGAAAGACACGAGCAACCAUUUCCAUGUCUUUGUCGGAGACCUCAGUCCCGAAAUUACAACUGAAGAUAUAAAAGCAGCUUUUGCGCCGUUUGGAAGAAUAUCAGAUGCACGGGUGGUUAAGGACAUGGCAACGGGGAAAUCCAAAGGCUAUGGCUUCGUCUCCUUCUUCAAUAAAUGGGAUGCAGAGAAUGCUAUUCAGCAGAUGGGCGGCCAGUGGCUUGGUGGAAGGCAAAUCAGAACGAACUGGGCAACGAGAAAACCUCCAGCUCCAAAGAGUACAUAUGAAUCAAACACCAAACAACUGUCUUACGACGACGUGGUCAAUCAGUCCAGUCCCAGCAACUGCACCGUGUACUGCGGAGGUGUCACCUCAGGCCUGACAGAGCAGCUAAUGCGCCAGACCUUUUCUCCGUUCGGGCAGAUAAUGGAAAUCCGAGUCUUCCCAGAUAAAGGCUACUCCUUUGUACGGUUUAAUUCUCACGAGAGCGCCGCGCAUGCAAUCGUUUCUGUCAAUGGAACAACUAUAGAAGGCCACGUAGUGAAGUGCUACUGGGGCAAGGAGACGCCAGACAUGAUCAGCCCGGUGCAGCAGAAUCAGAUUGGAUACCCACAGGCUUACGGGCAGUGGGGGCAGUGGUAUGGAAACGCCCAGCUCGGGCAGUACGUGCCCAACGGGUGGCAGGUCCCCGCCUACGGGAUGUACGGGCAGGCGUGGAACCAGCAGGGCUUCAAUCAGACACAGUCGUCCGCAGCGUGGAUGGGCGCCAACUACAGCGUGCAGCCCCCGCAGGGGCAGAACGGCAGCGUGCUAACGAACCAGGCCGGGUACCGCGUGGCGGGCUUCGAGACGCAGUGAGGGACGGACGCUGGAGCAGCGCCGCAGAGCCGUUGUUCACCACCAAGAUUGAUCAGAUCAAGUCAGUGCGAGCGUCAGAUGCAAUGUAUUUAUUUAAGAAAGAAAAAGAGAGAGAGAGAGAAACAAACAAACAAAAAAAAACAUUUUUAAUCGUGAAGUUGUCAUCCGCAUUGUUUAAAAAAAAAAAAAAAAUCACAAAAAACGAGAUGCUGGAUGUCUGCCAACUUUUGCCUUCUUUUCCUCUUUUCUAUAUGUGUUUCUUAACUGAUCCACUGUUGAAACACAGCAAAUUGCAGGGACUACUGCCACUUAAACUUGGGGCAGAAAAUUGCACAAUGUCAAACUUGUUUUUCCUCGGGAGUAGCGUGCAGUUUUAGUUUGCAUUCCGAACGAGUUCCAGUGUAUUCUAAAAGCCGUUGUACGAAAGAAAAGCCAAAAGCGUGCGAGUCCUGGAGGCGCUCCGUCCUCAGCCUUUGCACAACCCUCUUUUUUUUUUUUUUUCAAAGAGCCUCUUGUACAAAGCGUCCAUCUCUCCACUUCCGUUCGAGCGGCUUUUUUUUUGAGGCCGGGUUCUUAGUUUACAUCGUUUUCUACCGCAACAUUUGCUCGGAGUUGGCUUUGCCUUACGACCUCAGUCCCCGGGGGCCGAGGCUGCGUCUCUGCCAUCGGUGCCCGUGGACCCAGCGUUGCGUGGUGUGAGCAGGUGCCUCCAGCAUCACACGGAUGGCAGAGGGUCCCCGUCUCUGGAUGCGCCCUCCGCUGCUGCAGGACGCGGAGAGCCCCGUUGCAACUCUUGACUAAAAUGUGACGAAUUCUACCCACCAGCUCCGUGUUCCGUUUCGUUUUGUUUCCUUUUUCGACUCGAUUUCUACAUUGACAUGUACGGAUUAUGUAAAAUAUUUUAGCAAAUUAAUAUUUUGCACAAACGUUAGCCGACUUUGUACGUUUCCUUAUUUAAAGGUAGGAUGCGGAGUUCUUGAUUUAUGCAUAUAUAUAUAUUAUUAUUUUUUUUUUUUUUUUGCAUGUGGAUAUCAAAUAUACACUUUGGUAGUCUUUGAAUACAAAGUCAUCCUCUCUUGUUUUUAAGAAACUGUUUCAAAAAAAAAAAAAAAAA